GUCAGAGCGAAUGAAGCGAACUACACGACGUUGCAAAGAGUUUGAAGGCUGAUGUUUCGAACGUUAGCCCUCCGUCAGAGCGAAGUGUAAGAAUAGCCGAUCUAGUCUUGGUGACAGCCGUAUCUCUUUCGUUGUAUUUACUUUCUUCUCCGAACUCCUCUGAGGUUCAGAACGUUAGUUCUGUUGUUGAUCAGGAAACCUCGUGCUCGUUUCCAGACCAAUGACAGACAGUAGUAGUCAGGUGACUUAGAAACCGGUUUGACCAGAAUUUCUAGGACUCCGUGCCAAGUAAGAAAGAACACGAGGUGUGUGCAGUCAAAAUGGAGGAGCACAAAAUCUAUGUUGGUAAUUUAAGCUACGACACUGACAAUGAAUCUCUCAAAAUCUGUUUUGAUAAAGUAGUGGAAGUUGUAGAUGCUAAAAUUGUCAUGGAUCGAGAAAAUCCAAGCCGAUCAAGAGGGUUUGGCUUUGUAACAGUGAAUUCAGCGGAUGAUAUCCAAAGGGCGGUUGAGGAAUUGAAUGAGACUGAUUUGGAUGGUCGAACAAUCAAAGUAUCAAAAGCAAAUGCAAGAGGUGGAGGAGGUGGAGGAGGUGGUGGUGGUUACAGACGGGGUGGAGGAGGAGGAUUCCGAGGUGGCAGGGGAGGCAGAGGAGGAGGUGGAGGAUACAGAGAAAGGGGCUAUGGUGGAGGAGGAGGUGGAUAUGGGAGCAGAAGUUAUGGAGGAGGAGGUGGCGGAGGUUAUGAUGGUGGGUACGACGAUGGCUACUCGGGUUCUUAUUCUGGAGGAAAUCAAUACCGAAAAGGCCGUGACUGGUAAUGAUCUGUUCAACUUCCGUGAUUCAACUCUGUUCCUGUAUAUGCAUUGAUGUGCUGAGGUGCUAGAACAAGACAAAAAAAUUCGGUGUGCUGUCCUGAAACUUGAUGAAUGAUAAACCUCAGCUCAUGAUGUUCGGUGCACUGAAGUUUCCUGUGUUGUUGACCUAUGUGCUUACUGCUAUGAAAACCUCAGCCAGUGAUGUUUGGCUUUCUGAUGUUCUGAUGAAAUAUGUCUUAGUAGAAAUAGCUCAUUGUAGCAGAGACCAUAUACUCAUUUGUAUCUUUAUUGACUACUUAAGCACAAAGAAUAAGUUUUUUUUGUUUUGUGUUGUUUUUUUUUUGUAUUUAUUCAGCCAACACUGUUGGUUUUGUUCCUUUUUUUACUGAAUAUUCCAUAACUUAGCCCUAUUAAAAGAAAAUGUUUUGCUGUGUCCGUUGCAAGUGAUAAAAAGAGUUGAUAUGAACAACAGUGGUUUGAGUGGAUAUGACAAAGAAAGGAGUCAUGAAAAAUAAUCAAGUCUGUCUAUCAAAUUCAUACCCACAGUUCUAAUGGUGUUGGUCUGUUCAAUUGGAAACUGGGGCAAGGUGGUUUCCUUGAAGACUUAAUGGUUAUCGGGAAGUGAUAACUACUAAGUUCCCUUUGAUGUCCACAUUACUAGAUUACAAUAAACUAGACCUCAAAGUCGUGAGUGGUUUCAAAACAGUGUGUAAGAAUUUCAAGAUAAUUUUUUCCCUUCAGUCUGCUUGGCUCGUCAAUUAUCAAAAACCUCUGGUUGACAAAAUAUUUCUGUUAUAUAGUUGGCAGGGUAUAAAGGAACAGAAUAUGAGAUAACAGUGAUUAUUCAAAUGGGAAAGGAUAUCGUUUGAGAGUAUUGCUCUCACUUUUGUGGUCCCAAAAUAUCUUAAAUUUAUAGGUCAAGGUUCAACACAGGAAAAGUUUGAUGUGACAUCACUUAAAGGGCAUAUGUAGAAGUGACCUGAUGUAGCAUGCAAACAUUUGGUGGUGCCAAGUCUUGCACUGUUGGAAAAAAAAAAGUUUAUAAGUGAAGCAUUCCAGACCUUGAAAAAGUAUGAAAAGUAGAGAUAAAGUGUGGCAUGAAGCCAAGGGAUUAUGUUUUGGAUCAAGAGGAUUAGAUUUUGCAGCCAGGAUUUCAUGGAAAAAGCUGUUUUUUUUUUUGUUUUUUUGUGUUUUUUUUUGACAAUGCAGUGGUAAGGUUGAGACUUUUCUCACCUUCGUCUUUGAAAUAAUUGCCACACUAUGGGUGCAUUCUUUUUACAGUUCAUGGUUUUCUUCUUGUUUGGAAACAAUUUUGAACUUUACAUGCUGAAAAUUUUCACAAAGUAUCAUGGAACAUCUUGCAAAGUUUCAAUUUCUUUUUCCCUGUCUUAUACAAAGGCGUAUGAGAUAGGCUGAAAGGGUAAUUCUUUUAAUAUUUUGAAAAAAUCUGAAAUUGAAUUGAGUCAUUGCCAUCGCACCAAUUCUCCAGUGCUUUGGAUGGAGGGUACAGUUUUUGUGCUGCGGUUCCAGGUGAGGAUUGGUGGUUUUGUCAGGAGGCAGAAUCACGUUCCCGGAAACGCCUGGUAUGUUUAUGGCCCAUGGUAAGUUGAUGUGUUUCGUUAUUGUGCCUAGGUGUUUUUUUUUCUUUCUGAUUUCUGGACUGUCAUGUAGUGAACUACUGAGUGGAUGUCUCAAACUGGUUAAUUAUUUUACAAACUUGAGAUAACGUUGAUAUAGCUCAGUUUAGUCCGAGGGCGAGGUCACAACUUGAAGGAUUUUUACGAGGAAUUUUCUUUCAUUUCAACUCUUGUUUUGGAAUCACUACUAUUAUUUUGCUACUUAUAUAGAGAAGAAAUUAAUUUUUUUAGGGUGCCAGGGGUAAUCCUCUCCACUUGAAUAGGAGUAUUGUUUCUUGUUUUAUUUAUAUAUAUAUAUAUAUAUUAUUUUUUUUUUUUUUUUUGUCAUUUAUAUCUUUCUCUUCCUUUUUUGUGGUUUUUGUCUAGCAUUACGUUGUGAAUAUGUCGCUGGGACUCGAAAUUGACUUAGAAAACAGUAGUUCUAUUAAACAGCUUGUAGUCCCUCUUAAAAAUGAGGCAUCGCUUUCCCGAAUUUGGAAAGAGGUUAAAAUUUCGUCGAGCUAAGAGCUCCCACACAUUGACCAUUUUAGGUCUACGAAGACGUCUUCGGGACCAAAAGUUGAAUUUAAUAGAGCGGACGCGGUUACGUAGUCCACAAAGCUGAGCUUUAAGAGGGGAAAUACAGCAGCUUUCCGGAAAGCCUCCAAAGCACGUUUGGUAAUUGUGCGGUAGUGCUAGGAAUGAAAGCCACAAUCAACUGUCCUUUGUGUAUGUCAAGAAGUGUAGGACUGUGUGCGUGACCUUUUGGAGUGAGAAUCGUUGCUGUUUCCCCACAUUUAAUAAAUUUGCAUCGCAGUAGUCCCGUUGUCUGUGGUGCAGUUGCUAAUAGAAAUUUUCUUUUAGAGUGAAGGGUUUCCUGAUUAACAUACAGCGAGUCAUUUCAAUUAAAGUAUUGUUACUGUA